CACCCACUGAUGCUGGUGUCUCUCUCCACGCUACAGUCAAGGUGCUAUUCUGCAUAGAUUAUUUUGGGGCUAGUACAACUUGUGCUUUUGCAAUCUACAGUAGUAAUGUUGACCGCCAUGUGCUGGCUACUGGUUGGAUGUUGUGGGCUCAUCUUUGUGAACCUCUCAGUGGCUUUAAACAGCCCCCUACAGGUCACCCAGAAGCCUCGUUUCUAUGGGGUGAAGACCAAUCGCACUGUGGCCAUAUUCUGUGUGGUGUCGGACCGAAACCAGCCUGCCACGGUGGAAUGGUACAAGGCCUCAGAAUACAACACCACUGGGAAGAAGAUAGAGGGGGACCGGGUCACUGUGAGGCAGAAGAGCAUGUUACGAAACGCCUCGAUCGAACUCAGACAUGUAGAGACGGAGGACACCGGAUUUUACUUUUGUCUGAUUAACAACAUCACCUGGGGGCCAGGGACAGAGCUACAAGUGCUCAGACCCUCUAACAGUGAAAAUGCAGAAAGGAGAAGCAAGCUGAAGGAUGCUUUGAUAUUUCUCCAGGCGUUACUCUUAACGCUGUUUGCUCUUGCCCCACUGCUACGCCACCAAUCCCUGUUGAAAAAGGAAGAUGCCAUUUAUGAAGAACCUGAACAUGAUCACAUCUAUGAGGGCUUGGAGAUCGAGCAUUGUGGUGAUCUGUAUGAGGACAUCUCAGUGUAUGCUCAGCCUGGGCCAGCAGAGGCUGCUGCAGCUUGGAAGCAGGAGUGAGCUGCAUCGGCGCGGAGAUGGCGACUGAGCUCUCCUGUCAUCCAAUGCAUCUCAAUGCCUAUCCGGCCCGUAUUCGUUAAGCGUUCAGAGUAGGACUGCUGAUCUAUGAUCCGUUUUUGCCUCAGAUGAAAAUGAAUAGACAAGGGGGAUCUGAUCAAAGAUCUGCAACCCUACUCUGAGAUGCAAUAUGAAUACGGCCCUGGACUCAAAGGCCAAUGUCUCAUCCAUGGUGUUACAGGAUGUAUCUUAUGUUUAGUGAUUUGUUCAGAUGACCACUAUUUCUUCAUGUUAUAGAUCCAUCCAUAUGGGUAAUGUCAUUUUAGAAUACAUGCGCGCGUGUUCUUUUCGAUACCUCCUAUAUAAGAUGCACGUAGAGGAACAGAUUGUUGAUUCCUGUUUUUCUAAUCGCAUGUUUUUCUCUUAUCUCAAAUGUGUUCAUGUAUUCUUUUCAGUUGUGCUCGAUUUGGUGUCUCUAUAAAAGGAGUUUUGAAUUGGUGCUACUAUUUUGAUUGUUAAAUAAUAGGGUGAAUGCGACAAAAGUUAGUUAUUGCAAUGCUUGUUUAACGAGGCUUGUCCAUAGAAAGGCUUUCUCUUUUCAGCUUCUCCUGUUUCAGUUGUAAAUACUCGACCUGAUCACACCCCUUCAAAUUGUAUCAAUGUGGGUGUUUUGUUAAGUGGACAUGUGGCCUGGAUAAAUAUGUAGGCCGUCCCAUUGCUGAUUGCUAAUAAUGUUAUACUCUUGCCUGUACUAUGAUAUGGCAGCAUUGUAAAGUGGACUUUGCCUUAAAUGUCUAAAGACAAAAAAAACAAUUAGUCUCGAGAGAAAGUUGUUUUUGUCUAGAGCUGUCAUUUUUUUCAAAAACAUCACAAUGCCUAAGCUCUAUUGUUGUUAUGAAAACUAUUACUAUACCAUAUACUGUUAAACAGUGAUUGCCAAAUCCAUAUGUAGUCAAAAAUGCAUUUAAUGAAGUAGCAGGUAAAAGCAUACAUCUACAGUAAUUUUGUGUAUAAAAAUGUAUCCAGCAACAGAAUAAAUAAAAGUUAAUAAAUAAAUAGAUUUAAAACCAAAUAAUAAAAAAAACAUUUCCAUGUGGAAUCAAUAAACAUAUCAUAAAAAAUACAAAGAAACAGGCGAAAUACAUGACGUCACUCAUACUUGACGAUAAUUAUUGCGUUGCUGAGUUUAGAUGCUGUUUUCUGUAGCUGAACCCAGAAGAACCAGCCUCCUCAGAUGUGUCCUAACCUCUUUCCUGACCAGCUCCCAUGCAUGAGCACUGUAUGCCUGCAGAUUGGUGACAAAGCCACAAACAUAUUAGCAGUUGAAAACCAGAAUACCCUCAUCAUACAGAAGGGAACAUUGCCUUUACAUUUCUAUCGCACUGUAGCGCAGCUCUUUAGCAUUAAGGAUUAAAUUGAGCCCUAAAUUAAACAAGUACAUGUUACUGCAGUGUAGAUCGGUACACAUUGUUAAAUCUGUUUACACCAUGAACAGUUUCAAGUAUUUGUCAAAUAAACAACAAUUAUAGGAUGAGGGAAGGUUUAGCCAAAUUGAAUCAUGUAUUUAUUUUUGUACUUACACUGUACUUUCCAGUGUAACUACCAUUUUCAAUGUAUGUACAGUAUAUUGUUAUGGACACAUGCAGUACCAGUCAAAAGUUUAGACACCCCUACUCAUUCAAAGGUUUUUCUUUAUUUUUUUUACAUUGUAUAAUAAUAGUGAAGACAUUAAAACCAUGAAAUAACACAUAUGGAAUCAUGUAGUAACCAAAAAAAGUGUUAAACAUAUCAAAAUAUAUUUUAUAUUUGAGAUUCUUCAAAAUAGCCAACCUUUGCCUUGAUGACAGCUUUGCACUCUUGGCAUAUAUUUACAUUUGUUUAACACUUUUUUGGUUACUACAUGAUUCCAUAUGUGUUAUUCCAUAGUUUUGAUGUCUUCACUAUUAUUCUAAAAAAUAAAAUAAAACCCUUGAAUGAGUAGGUGUGUCCAAAAGUUCUACUGGUACUGUAUGUAGAAGAUUAUUGUAAAACGGGAUCCAAUGGCUCAAUGUGACCAUGAUGAUUCAUCUCAUUAUGGCCACAUAUGAAAUAUUAUUUCAAUAAAAACUCACCAUUCUUUUAA